AUGGGUUAUGACCUUGAUCCCAUAACUGGGGGCGCUUUUGGUAACGUCUGGAAAUGCACGUACAAUGAUGGUACCCGGAGCAUUGCGGUUGCUGUGAAGGGUUUCAGAUUCACAGUUAACAAGGAGACCUCGAAAAUAUGUCAAAGCAUUGGUGAGACUGGGGAGAGAGACGGGCAUUUGGAGAAGACUGAGUACCCGAAUGUCAUGGAAUUCAUGGGCGUUGCUUUCGGCUUUGGUCUUUCGAUGGUCCUCGUUGCUCCUUGGGCUGCGAAUGGGACGUUGACUGAUCACCUGGAGAAACGCUGGUCGACGAUCACUAGCGCUGAGGAACUCAGUCUGUAUAACCUUGCUCUUAUCCUAACAAUCCCGUCACCCAUGGAGAUCUCAUUGGGUUUAACGUUCUUAUCCUCUGGGAUAUACCGCAUGCAUCCCCGAUUUCGCACUAUCGAGCAUGCUCGGCGACCUGCAGACGGUACGACAUACCCCGCGGCCACCGCUACGUAUCCAGGCGCAGUGCGAUGGACAGCUCCUGAGCUGCUCCUGUCAGAUGAUCUCCAGCCCACGACACUCGGCGACAUAUAUUCUCUUGGAAGUAUCAUGCUUCGAGUUCUAUCGGGCAAAGUGUCUCUUCGAUACUAUUCCAUAAUAUACGUCUUCAUCGUUCGGUUCACGGGUUGGAUCGUUGCUGCUCAUUCGCACAGCUGACGCUCCAGCAAUAGAAUACCUGAUUGUCGAUCCAAACAUUUACCAUACAGUGUACUUUACGACAUAGGGUGUUUGCUAAGUAGAGUCCAACCGUUGGACUCCAACAAGUGAAAUCAAAUUAGCCAAUGCCAUACUCUCAAAGCCUACAUCGCUGAAGGAAGUUCGUCAUUCUUCGCCGCUGGCAUAUGUUAUGUAAUUGAAUAUCAGGAGAGGAGUGACAUGAGAAGCACUUUGACUAGCGGACAACAUCAGGGAAAACCUCCCGCGCUAACUUAGAUACAAAUAGAC